AUGUUCUACAAAAAAUGUGGAUUGACGGGAGGAAUAUCAAAUCGUAUCGUCGGCGGAAAAAUAACGAUUCCGCAUAUAUUUCCCUGGGUCGUAGCAAUUCUUAAUAAAGACAGUCUCCAUUGUGGGGGCACUUUAAUUAAUAACCAAUAUGUAUUAACAGCUGGACAUUGUAUAAAAUGGACAAAUCAUGCCGAUCUUUCGGUCGGUGUAGGUAUGCACGAUAUUGAAAACCCAAAUGAUGGAUACAUAGCCGCAAUCGAUGAUGUAAUUUUACAUGAAGAUUUCGAGAGUGAUUAUCUUCACGAUAUAAAUGACAUUGCCUUGAUUCGACUGCAAAAGCCAGUUAAAAUUAAUGAAAAUGUGAAACCUGCGUGUCUUCCACAUAAAGAUUCUAAUUAUACGGGACAGUUUGUCAAAGUUACCGGAUGGGGACGUGUUGAAGUAGAAGGAGAACCUUCCCGAUUUCUUCGUCAAGCCACUCUGAAAGUAAUGUCCUAUGCAGCAUGUAAGAAUACUUCAUUUGGAGAUCAUGUCACGGAAUCGAUGAUGUGUGCUUAUAAUGACAAUACUGACGCAUGUCAGGGUGAUAGUGGUGGACCUCUUCUAUAUCAAAGAAUAGAUGGAAAAUAUGAAGUAAUUGGUAUAGUCUCCUGGGGUAUUGGAUGCGCUGAUCCUGGGAUCCCAGGUGUAUACGUGAAAAACUCGGAUUAUCUAAAUUGGAUAAAGUAUCAUAGCAGAGAUGGUAUUUUCUGCAUGGAUAAAUAG